GCGGGCGCAGUCGGAAGACCGGCUCGGACGGCGAGGUCGGCGGGGAGGUGGCGGCCCCUCUCGCCCGCAGCUCGGACCCGGCUCUCGCCCGCCGCCGGGGGUCGGGCCGCCCUGGGCAAGGAUGGCGGCGGCGGCCGAGCCCCGGGCUCGCGCCUGGCUCGGCGGCAGCUCGCCGCGCCCGGGCAGCCCGGCCUCCAGCCCGGAGCUAGGCGGCAGAGGCCGCGCGCGGCCGGGGCCGGGGCCGGGACCCGGGUCGGGGUCGGGCCCGGAGCGGGCGGGCGCCAGGCCCCCAGGCCCCGCCGCGACUGGCCACAGCUUCCGGAAGGUGACGCUAACCAAGCCCACCUUCUGCCACCUCUGCUCCGACUUCAUCUGGGGGUUGGCCGGCUUCCUGUGCGACGUCUGCAACUUUAUGUCCCACGAGAAGUGCCUGAAGCACGUGAAGACGCCCUGUUCGAGCGUGGCGCCCAGCCUGGUCCGAGUCCCUGUGGCCCACUGCUUCGGCCUGCGGGGGCUCUACAAGCGCAAGUUCUGCGCCGUGUGCCGUAAGGGCCUGGAGGUACCCGCCCUCCGCUGCGAAGUGUGUGAGCUGCACGUUCACCCCGACUGUGUGCCCUUCGCCUGCAGCGACUGCCGCCAGUGCCACCGGGACGGGCACCGGGACCACGACACGCACCACCACCACUGGCGGGAGGGGAACCUGCCCUCGGGUGCGCGCUGCGAGGUGUGCAGGAAGACGUGCGGCUCCUCCGACGUGCUGGCGGGCGUGCGCUGCGAGUGGUGCGGUGUGCAGGCCCACUCCGUCUGCUCCACCGCGCUCGCCCCCGAGUGCACGUUUGGGCGCUUGCACACCAUGGUGCUGCCCCCCGCGUGCGUGCGUCUGCUGUCCCGCAACUUCAGUAAGAUGCACUGCUUCCGCAUCUCUGAGAGCCCGGCCCCCGAGCCAGGUGAGGGGGACGAUGGCGCGGAAGGAAGCUCCCCCGCCAGCCUGGGCCGAGAGGUGCUGCCACCGGAGUCCAGCAAGCAGACCCUGAAGGUCUUUGAUGGGAACGAUGCCCUGCAGCGAAACCACUUUCGAGUAAUCACUGUCCCCCGCCUGGCCAGGAGCGAGGAGGUGCUGGAGGCAGCGCUGCGGGCUUACUACGUCGCCGAGGACCCUCGGGACUUUGAGCUGCAGGCGCUCCCCCAGCCUGUGCACGCCGCUGACACCGGGGCGCGGGGAAGACCCUGGAGCAGUGGGGUUGCAGAGGAGGAGGGCGGCCGGGGCCCGGGGGCCCGAGAGGCCGUGCCCGAGGCCUGCAUCAUCCGUGCUCUGCCCCGCACCCAGGAGGUCCUGAAGAUCUACCCUGCCUGGCUCAAGGUGGGUGUGGCCUACGUGUCCAUCCGCGUGACCGCACAGAGCACCGCCCGGACUGUGGUGCUGGAGGUCCUGCCGCUGCUCGGUCGCCAGGCCGAGGGUCCUGAGAGCUUCCAGCUGGUGGAGGUGCUCAUGGGUAGCAGGCAAGUCCAGCGGACGGUGCUGGCGGAUGAAGAGCCCUUGCUCCACCGGCUUCGUGACAUCCGGCAGACGUCCCUACGGCAGAUGAACCAGAUGCGGUUCUACGUGGCUGAGAGCAGAGCUGUGGCCCCGCACAUCCGCCUGUUUGUUGGUGGCCUGCCUCCUGGCCUGUCUGCCCAGGAGUAUGGCAGCCUACUGGACGAGGCUGUGGCCACCAAAGCUGGACUGGUGUCUGUGAGCCACGUCUACUCCUCCCAAGGUGCAGUGGUGCUGGACGUGACCUGCUUUGCAGAGGCGGAGCGACUGUACAUGUUGGUCAGGGACACGGCUGUGCAUGGCCGGCCGCUCACUGCCCUGGUGCUUCCAGAUGUGUUGCACACGAACCUGCCCCCAGACUGCUGCCCCCUCCUCGUGUUUGUGAACCCCAAGAGUGGAGGCCUCAAGGGCCGCGACCUGCUCUGCAGUUUCCGGAAGCUGCUGAACCCUCACCAGGUCUUUGAGCUGACCAAUGGGGGGCCUCUUCCUGGGUUCCACGUGUUCUCCCAGGUGCCCUGCUUCCGGGUGCUGGUAUGCGGUGGGGAUGGCACUGUGGGUUGGGUGCUCGCUGCCCUGGAGGAGACGCGGCGCCAUCUGGCCUGCCCAGAGCCUUCUGUGGCCAUCCUGCCCCUGGGCACAGGGAAUGACCUUGGCCGGGUCCUCCGCUGGGGAGCGGGCUACAGUGGGGAGGACCCGUUCUCCGUGUUGGUGUCGGUGGACGAAGCUGACGCCGUGCUUAUGGACCGCUGGACCAUCCUGCUGGAUGCUCAGGAGGCUGGAGGUGCAGAGAACAGCAUGGCAGAUGUGGAGCCUCCCAAGAUUGUGCAGAUGAGUAACUACUGCGGCAUUGGCAUCGACGCAGAGCUAAGCCUGGACUUCCACCACGCACGGGAAGAGGAGCCUGGCAAGUUCACCAGCAGGCUCCACAACAAGGGCGUGUACGUGCGGGUCGGGCUGCAGAAGAUCAGCCACUCACGCGGCUUGCACAGGGAGAUUCGGCUCCAGGUGGAGCAGCGGGAGGUGGAGCUGCCCAGCAUCGAGGGUCUCAUCUUCAUCAACAUCCCCAGCUGGGGCUCGGGGGCCGAUCUGUGGGGCUCCGACAGCGACUCGAGGUUCGAGAAGCCGCGCAUGGAUGACGGGCUGCUGGAGGUGGUGGGGGUGACAGGCGUCAUGCACAUGGGCCAGGUCCAGGGCGGGCUGCGCUCGGGCAUCCGCAUCGCCCAGGGCUCCUACUUCCGGGUGACUCUCCUGAAGGCCACGCCCGUGCAGGUAGACGGCGAGCCCUGGAUCCAGGCUCCGGGGCACAUGAUCAUCUCAGCUGCGGGGCCGAAGGUCCACAUGCUCAGGAAGACCAAGCAGAAACCCAGGAAGGCUGGGACCCCCAAGGAUGCCCGAGCAGAUGGGGUGCCUGUCCCCGAAGGGGACCCCAAGUAGCAGAGAGCCCUGGAACGGUCUGUGUAUCCAGCAGCAGCGAGCCAACCAGCCACGGAUGGACUUGCCCAUAGCUCUGACUGUGGGGUGUCUCCCCCUCAUCCCUGUGACACGUGGAAGCUGCUGGGUGGGUGGCAGGUGUUUCCUCCCCUGGCCUCUGGUCCAGUGACAGGGUGGGUGCGGGGCUUUGGCUGGCCAACGCUCUCGCCUCUUGGGGUCCAGGCCACCAUCACCACCCUGGGUAGCACAGGCACUUCUCCCUUUGCAUUCACUGCCGCCGCCCCCCCCCCCCCCCCCGCCCCAAGCCUGUUGAGGUGGGCAGCACUGAAUCUCAAGCCAUCUCCCUGGAUGCUCCUAUAGGACAGCCAGCUCUGUGGGCCCUGGGUGCACCCGGUACAGACCUGGGAUGCCCUGGCCACCGAGGGCUGGGCAGGGGCCCCUGCUAUGUCUUGGGGAAGGUGCCUUGUCUCCUGGCCCCAUCACUGUAUGAGCUGCUUGGGCUGCACCUCCAGAGAGGGCCCUGAGACCAGAUGGGCUUGGCCAACAGCCUGAAGAUGGUGGUGUGGUGCCCAGGAAGCAGCAGAGCAGGGGAGCUGGGCCCUCACAGGGGUGGGGCAGAACGUGCCUGCAAGGGACCGGAAACACAUCCAGGCAGGCCUGGGCCGGGAGACCCAGAGGAAGUUUACAAAGCAUGAAGUGGGAAGAGCCAGCUUUAAUCACCUGUUUGUCAACAAUCAGUCCCAGUAUCUGUUCAGCUGACCGGGCUCGUGGGUCCCCUUGCUGCUGCUCGCGGCGGCAGAGACGUGGCAGGAGGGGCGUGGGGCAGGCCUGCUGGGCAGACCACUGCGGCGUUCUUCCACCAAGCAGAGUUCAGACGGCCCGUGGAGUCCAGCCUCUGGCCCCAGGAGGAGUGUCUCCUGAGUCCUCCAGAAAGGUCCAUGAACCCCCUCUAUCCCUCUUGUCCUGGCUCGGCCCUGCCAGCCACGUCCCCCAAGCUUCUGCCAAAACUGCACAAAUGCACUGUAGUGGCCGUUUGUAGCAGAACAUUCGUGUCAUGUGCCUCCAGCACACAGCCGUGUGUUGUGUCCCUGUUGGUGUAAUUAUUUUGCUUUGCAGGCCUUGGUGUUGGUUUUGGUCUGUGGUUGUAUGUGGUGGUCAGGGUGAGUCUGUCCUUCUGUAUUUAAGUGCGUCUGUGUGCCCAAAUGGGGCAGUGUGGGCCUGGCACCAAGGGCCUGUGUGUACCUGUCACUACCUGAAUGUAAUCAUAAUUUAUACCCAGGAUAAAUACAGUCUGGGCGUUGCUGA